AUGUCCUCCCCAUCCACCCCGCGGUCGACGCGUUCUGCGUCCCCCGGGGUAAACUCGCCCAAUAUGCUUACCCCAGGGCAAAAGAUUAAAGCGAUGAUGGCUCAAUUCGACAGCGACUCAGAGAGUGAUGAUCAUGCUAGUCGUCCCAAAAUCUCAGUAUCGAAGCUGGACUUCGGUUCCAAAAGCACAUCUACCGACGCGACGCGACAACCACAUCUUGCCAUGAGCUCCGACGACUCAGAUGCAGACGACAUUAUCCGACCAAGGGGUCGGAUGGCGGCCCGUAUGCAAAGCAACGCUGAUGUAUCCGCGGAGAAGGAUUCAGCUUUCGCUCGAUUAUCGAAAUCUCUGCGUACUGAGAGAGAACACCCAGCUAAGCCGCAGAGAGAGAGUACGCCCCCAGAAUUCAUGUCGAGCGAUGAUGAGCUUCCAACGAAAGGCGCACGGAAAAAUAAGAAAGCAGCGUUAGAGACAACAGAAGCUAGCUACUACUCCUCGAAGUCAUCACAACGAGCUCGUUCAGAGUCCCCGCUGUUCGUCUCUUCGCCCGCAGCAGAACACGACCCCGCGGCAGACGCCGACGCUGAAGUGGGAGAUGGCCAUAAAGGGAAUGCCCGGUUCCUUGCUCUCGUGGCCCAGAAACGAAAGGAGCGUGAGGAGCGUGAAAAGGUCGAGGCUGAGCAAAAGGCUGCUCGACGAGCCCGAAUGGAGCAAUUCAGCUCUGACAUUAUAUCUGGUGAAGACAGCGAAGCUGAUGAUCCUGAGUCCGCCAAAAAGCUUUCACAGAAACCUCGUCAGCCAAGAAAGGCAAGCAAGAAGGCAUUGGAGGAAAUGCACCGGGAGACUCAGCGCAUGAGUCGGAAUAUGCAGCUUGCCCAUCAAGCUCAGACGAAGAAAAAGAUCACCAAGGAGAGCUUCUUCGCCCGAUUCAACUAUGGACAGCCCACAGCCCCCGUCGAACCGCCUGCAGCCAACUCUUCGUCUACCGCUGGAUCCCAACAGUCUUCCGAUGCAGAAGGAAAUAACAAGACCCGUGACACACCGCGCACAUCGCCUGUUUUGGGCCCAGUGGACUCGGAUAAGGUUGAUACGAAUGGACCGAAAGAAACGAAAUCUGCAACUGACGUGCAGGCUGGAAACGAAAAUCCAGUCGCCCAGUCUGAGACCAGCACCAACCAGCCCAAAGAGACCAAUUCUCUCCCCGUUCCCCCUUCAGCCUCGAAAAAAGAGCCCUUCCAAUUGACUCGCCCCCCUGUCCGAGUCCUGAUGUCCAGGCAAGAAGUCGCUAUGCACCAGAAGGAUGAGUCUGACAGUGACGACCUGGAGGUCGUUACCUCUCCUGCCAAAUGCCGCCGAAUUGCAGCCUUUGAAAACCUUCCCGUCCGGAAAAUGCAAGAACCAGAAUCUCUCACGAAGCUCAAGGCCCUCGCCCAUUUAACAUCCCCUACUCGCAAAUCAACCUCAAUGAAUUCUGCAGAGUUGUCUGCGAGCUUACUCCAGCGUGCCCGACAGCAAGCUGCGAAGGAAAGACGCGAGCGCAUUGAAGAGCUUCGGGCCAAGGGAGUUAUCAUCGAGACUCCUGAAGAACGGGCAGCAAUGGAGGAUGACAUGGAAGAUCUUGUCGAAAAGGCUCGCCGUGAGGCGGAUGAGAUCGCGCGACUAGAAAAAGCCGCCAAGAACAAUGGCCAAGACCCUGAUGACGAAGAGGAUGAUGGCGAUUACGAAUUCUCCGGCUCUGAUGAAGACGAAUUGGUCGAUGAUGAAGAUGCGCGAAGUGUGGAUGGAAAUGAUGGACUUGUCGAUCAAGAAGCAGAUGAGGAUGAUGAGUCUGAAGACGAGUUGAGCGAGGCUGCCGUCUCUGAUGCAGAGAUUGAGGUCCAGGCAACUCGGCGCAAUCGCAGGGCGCGUGUAGUCAGUGAUGACGAGGAGGAGGAAGAAGAAGAAGAAGAAGAAGAAGAAGAAGAAGAAGAAGAAGAAGGAUCAGAGCAAAAGCAGAUUCCAUCAACGCCUGUUCGUCCUCCUUCAAAUCCCCCCAAAUCAGCUGAGCGCCCUCUUUUCCCAGGCAUGGAGACACCAAAUAUGUCUAUGGGCCUUACUCAGGCCUUUGCUGGUACAUUGGCCGAGGAUGAUGCCAUGAGCCAGCCAGGCUCUAAUACCGUGCCUUUCUCACUCCCAGAUCCUGGACAGGCUGUUCCUCGGUUGCGUGCUGAAGAGUCUGAAAUUCUUGUUCGUGAUAGCCAAGAGCAAUCGAACGACCGCGACUAUAUGACUGGAUUUAGUCCCAACGUGGCCAGGGUUUCAGAGUCCCCUGCUGGACGUGCCUUCUCCGAAUUCUCUCAGCUUCCCGACCCGACACAAGAUGAGGGUUUUGUGUUUUCCCCAUUUGAUCCUGCCAAACGCUUCCGUGGUACUCCACCGGUAUCCACUGUGGAUACUGUCAUCGUGGGUCAGAGCCAGUCGCCCAUUGCCGAACGCAAAGGAAGGCACCUGCGCCGUGGGCGUGCUGCUGAACUGUCAAUGGUCCACGAGGAAGAAGGCGAAAAGGAAGACGAAGAGGAAGACGAAGGAGGGUUCGAAGUCAAUGCCAAUGCUUUCAAUGUCAUGAAGAAGGCAUCUAAGAAGCCUUCAGAACCAUAUGACAAGAAGGCUAGCAUGGCGAAGGAUAUUGUGGAUGAGGCUGCCGAAGAAUCCGAGGAUGAUGACGAGAGCGAUGGAGAAGAGGAUGCCUUUGAUCGGCAAAUGAUCAAUGACAACAGUGGAGAAACUGUUGACGAAGGAAAGCUUGCUGCACUCAAUGCGGAUCAUCAACGUAACCGUGAUGAGAAAGAUGUUGCCAAGUUGAUGAGAGAUAUCACGACCGGAGCUCUUCGUCGCCGCCGCGGUGCAGCCGAUGACGACCUCGAUCUUGAUGACUCGGAUGAUGAACGACUGGCACGUCGCCGUGAGAAGCAGCGCGAGUUUGCUAAGAUGCGUCGGGCUCUUCUCGCCGAUGACAAGGUCGGUGAGCUAGCCGAGAAUCCCAAGAAGGCAGCUUUCUUCAAGGCGAUUGAGGAUCGCGAAGAGGAAGAUGACUUUGAGAUCGAGUUCCUAGACGAGAGGGAGGGUGGCUCUCAGAAUGAUUCUUCACAGAAUAUCGGCGCCGAGGAUAACAUUGCCUCGGAUGAUAGCAAGAAGCGUAAACGGCCGCUAGAGCCCUCCGCUGAAGAUACAACCAACCGCCCACCUCCUAGUCUCCGUCGAACUCCCGCCAGCGCCAUGUCAAAGAAACCUGCGACGCUGGCCGAGAUCCGGGAAACCCUGUCUUUCCUGACCGAAACUCCCGAAUAUGACUCCUUCCACGAAGACGCCUCUCUGGAUGACGAGGACGCACCUGAAGACCAAGACCGAGACCAAGACACGACGAGUGCAGAUGACAGCCCAUUCGAGGACGCCCACCCAGAGCCAAAACAAGACUUCGCCAAACCCACCAACCCUCGCCGCACACGUGGUCCUGUCGUCGACCGUCUCGCUUUGCUUCGACAAGCAUCAUCCAACUCCGCCUCUGGGAAUGGUUCCGGAGCCUCUACUACCAAGAUGGCCUUCCAGACAGGCGGAAGCAGAGAAGGUCCCAUUGGCUUCCGACCUCCACCACUCUUGCGACGUGUUACAACCGGCUCCUCUUCAAGCUCCAGUUCGAGCACGAGCACCUCUACUCGCGUUACUAAACCAGGUGCUUCCGGCCCGAAGAAGGGCGGUGCGGUUAAUUCCUACACUGCUGCACGUGAAAAAGAGCGUGAACGCCAGCUUCGCAUGAAGGAGCGUGGUAGCAGCUCACACGUUACUAAAUUACUGGCCAAGCAUGCCAGCAACAGCUUAGGGAGUCUGGCCCGCAAGGGUCAGUGGGAUUAG